AUGAGCGCCUUGGCUGACGAACUGCUUGCCGACCUCGAGGGUCUCUCCGAGGGCGAGGAAGACAAUGAGCAAGUGGACACAAACAAGCCGGCACAGGACGGACCCUCGACUUCUAACAGCCUCAAGCGCAAAGCGUCCUCGGAUGACGAGAUGGACGAGGGAGAGGCGGAGGAAGGAGGGGAAAAUAAGGAGAAAGAGGUUGGAUCGCUCGUUCUGGAGGGUGGAGUGAAGCCCGCGGAGGAGCUGGACGCCGAAGAGGUGCAGCGGAUGGAACUAAGGGAUGUCGAGGACGUCCGCAGUGUAGCGAAGCUUGAUGGGAGCAAGCGUAUGAACGACAUUCUCAAGGAAAUCGAGAAGUUCGAAGCGAACCCCAGCACGCCGGAGCAGAUGGCUCAACCUACCCAUUCCAACCCCGAGUACAACCUGAUCGUUGCUGCUAACAAUCUUUCCGUCGAUGUCGACAAUGAAAUCAUGGUAGUUCACAAGUUCAUUCGAGACCACUACGCGCCCAAGUUCCCCGAACUCGAACAACUUGUUGCAGACCCUCCAAUGUAUAUUCGCUCUGUUCGCGCACUGGGCAACUCCGAGGACCCUACGAAAGUAGACCUCAACGGCAUCCUCCCUCCUGCUAUCAUCAUGAGUGUAAUGGUGACAGCCACUACCACUUCCGGCCAACCGCUCCCGGAUGCAGAGUUCCAGGCUGUUCAACGAGCUUGUGACCUUGCGGAUAGACUGGAGGAGGCACGGAAAAACAUCUUCAUGUACGUCAGCUCCCGAAUGAAUAUCCUGGCACCGAACCUAUCAGCUAUUGUCGGUACCACCACAGCCGCGAAAUUACUUGGAGUUGCUGGUGGUCUCAACGGGUUGGCUAAGAUGCCUGCGUGUAAUGUAUACGUGACUCUUGGAGCACAGAGGAAGAUUUCCGCAGGGUUCUCGUCUGCUACUCAGCGUCGCCAUACUGGCUUUGUGUUCCAGUCCGAGAUCAUUCAACAGACGCCGCCUGACUACCGCUUGAAGGUGCAACGGACAGUAGGUGCCAAAUGUUGCCUGGCGGCGCGCUCGUACGGGGAGGAACUUCGCGAUAAGGUAGAGAAGCACAUCGACCGCCUCGCCGCACCUCCUCCGUCGAAGAUCAUCAAGGCACUGCCAAUUCCCAAUGACGGCCCGAAGAAGCGUCGCGAAGGAGGCAUAUGCCAAACCGAACUCCGCAAGCUGCAGAACCGCAUGACCUUCGGGGAGGCGGAGGAGGAGGUUGGCGCGUUCGACCAGACAAAGGGUCUGGGUAUGAUUGGCUCGGGCAAAGUCAGGGCAGGCGUGGGCGAGGCGAAGAGUCGAGGUGCGUUUCGCUCCGUUGAUGGUGCGGAUACUGUACUGAUCGUCCUAUCCCUACCAGCGAAAUUGUCGAAGGCGAACAAGCUCCGGACGGCUGCCCUGACGAGGGCUGCCCAAUCUAACCCACAGUCAUCUGGUACUGCCACCUCUUUGACUGUUACCCCCGUACAAGGAUUUGAGCUAACGAACCGGGCGGCGGCCGCGCAACGCGUCAAGGAGGCCAACGAAAGAUGGUUCGCCGGUGGCACUUUUUCAUUCAUUGGUCAGAAGGGCGCCUCGAAGUAG